AUGUCUAUAACAGUAUUAGCUGACAUUAAAAAUACUCAAGAAAACAGGUCUUAUUUUAAUUUGAGACAAUAUGGCUCAUUCAAUUUAAAAGAAAUAAACCUCAAAACAGACAUUGCUAGAAAAAGUUUGGAAGAAAAUUCUCAUGACAGAAUGAAGAAAUGUUCAAAGAAAAGAAAAAUAAAAGACAUACAAAUACAACAACAACUUAAAACAAAUAAGAAACUUAAAACGGAAGAGGAGAGCAGUACAGACGAAGAUAUGACGAUUUCUGUGCAUGAUACUUCUGCUGAAGAGUAUCACAUUACAGAUGAUAUCUUAUCAGAUGAUCAUUGUCUGGAUCAUAUGGAUUAUCAAUUGAAGGAACAGAAGAACGUUACAAAUUUAAGAAAAAUAUCAGACACAAGUAAAAUAGAGAGAGAAAAAAUAGAACAAUCAAGCCAUGAAGAUAAAAAAAAAUACAUACACAAGAGAAAUAAACAUUUUUUCUAA